AUGCCAUUAUCACAUGCAUCAAGAUUAGCCAAAGAUGACUCAAAUGAUUUUUAUUUAAAAGAAAGUGAUUCUGAUUCUGAAGAAUUUGUAAAUCAAAGAAUACAAUAUUUAUCUGAAUUUAAGUUAUAUGGACCUCAAGGAAGUUUUACUGUGGUAGCAAAGGGAACAAGUUCUCUUUUUAAUUUUUUUAAACCAAUAAAAAACUCAACUGAAGAUGAAUUUGUUAUAGAUUUGACAGCUAAUACAAACGAUGAUGACAAUGCAUUGGCUGGUGUAAAAGAUAAUAACAAUGCAUUAGAUGAUGACAAUGCAUUUGCUAAUGCAAAAGAUAAUAACAAUACAUCGGCUGAUAUAGAAAGUAAUGAUUUAUCGGCUGAUGCAAAAGAUAAUAAUAAUGCAUCGGCUGGUACAGAAAAUAAUGAUUCAUCGGCUGGUGCAAAAGAUAAUAAUAAUAUGUUAGCUAAUAAUUUGAAAAUAGGUUUUUUAAAUAAUUGGAAUAUUGAAAUAAAUAGUUUAGAUUUUAUAGAACCGUCAAAUUAUGAAAUAAAUGAUAAAGAAAUAAUAUUAGAAGAAGAAAGUAUAAGCGAUGAAAUUCAAGAUGAUGAUAACCAUAAUUUUAAUCGAAAAUUACAAAAAUUAGAACAAAUUCUUUCUAGUUAUAAUAAAAAACAAAAUAUAUAUGAUUAUCUAAGGUAUCAGUCUAUACAUGCAUAUUUUACAUAUUAG